AUGGCCACUCACGUCAUCGUGUUGUGCAAGGAUUUGUUUCCGAAAUGGACUGAGUUGAACGAGUCCUGCUUCUCCGUCGAAACUGUAUUAGGCGGCAUCACGAAUCUCUUGCUGAAGGUUUCUGUGAAGGAAGAAAAUGUCUCUAUAAUAGUUAGAUUUUAUGGACCUAAAACAGAUUAUGUCAUCAAUCGGAAACGUGACUUGCAGGCAAUCAAAUACCUCUCGGUUGCAGGAUUUGGUGCCAAGUUGCUUGAUUUAUUUGGAAAUGGGAUGGUACAAUCUUUUAUACAUGCAUGUACCUUAACUCCAUCAGACAUGAGAAAGCCAAAGCUGGCUUCUGAAAUCGCUAAGCAACUUCGAUGGUUUCAUCAAGUGGAAGUUCCAGGAAUUGGAGGAGUGGGUAGUUCCAGGUCUGUUAAUGGUUUCAAAAGCUCGUCUAGUUCUGUUGAUUGGAUGGGGAGAGAAAUGCUUGAAAUGAGACUCAGAGACAAGGUGGAAAAUGAUGAAGACAGAUAUGAGAACGCACAAGAGUCUGUGUAG